UGGCGGCUGUCAGUCAAGAGCGGCUUUUCGUAUCAAAGGGGGCUUAGACCGGGCCGGAAGUCCCGCCUAUCACUUCCGACAUCAGCCUCUGGAAUACCUCAGGAAAGUAAAGGGCUCCUGAGAAGAAGCGCCAAAUUAUCCCUAAACAUGAUCCGUAUAGCAGCCCUGAAUGCAAGGGCUGCCAUUGAAGAUGAUGAACAGGAAGAAACCUUCAAGAGCCACAAGACACAGACCAAGGAAGCCCAGGAGGCGGAAGCCUUUGCCUUGUACCAUCGGGCCCUUGACCUCCAGAAGCAUGACCUUUUUGAGGAAUCGGCCAAAGCCUAUCACCAGCUCCUUGGAGCAAGGCUCCUCAGGGAGGCGGUCCCUUCCGGAGAGGGUCUGAGGCUGAAAUAUUCCACCUUCAAGAACUUGGCCCAAUUGGCGGCUCAAAGGGACGACCUGGAGACCGCCAUGCAGUUCUACCUUGAGGCGGUGCUGCUUGACGGGACGGAUGUGAGCCUAUGGCACCGCAUUGGGCGCCUGGCCCUGCGCAUGAUCCGCCUGCCUUUGGCCCGCCAUGCCUUCGAGGAAGGCCUCCAGUGCAACGCUGACCACUGGCCCUCCCUCGACGCCCUCCUCACCGUCCUCUACGCCCUUGGAGACUACCCCACCUGCCUGUACUUCACCUGCAAGGCCUUGGAGAAGGACUGCAAAUACAGCAAAGGCCUGGUUCUCAAAGAGAAGAUCUUCCAGGAACAGCCUUCUCUCCGGAAGGACUCCCUCCACAUGUUCCUCAAAGGGGACCUGCAGGAGGCGCCAAAAGUGGAGGAAGCGGAAGCAGCGGCCAUUUUGGAGGAAGCGCUGGACCUGAGGAGGAAGAGGCGGGAGGCCUUGGAGGACAGGAAGCAGCAGCAGCAGCAGGCGGAGCUACGACUGGCACAGCCCCUCCCAGUCCUAACGUGGAGGUGCCUUGGGGAGAGCCUGCUGGCCACCUACCGCCUGGUGACGACCUCCGACCCCCCGCGACCCAGCCUGGGAACAAGGGUUGACCUCUUUUCGGAGGGAGGGGUGCCCCCCACCAACCCCAGCGACCUCCCGGCAGCUCCAUCCAUCCCGGCGGCCGACCCCUCGCCCACCUUUGCCCCGACGAACCCUGCUUUCCUGGAGUCGGUUGGAGGUGAGCCAGAUGCCGGAACCUUUGGGAAUCCUCCUCCCGGGUCCCUUGGGUCGAAUGUUGUCUCUCUCUCUCUCUCUCUUGCAGGGGAGGCCUUGGCGGGGGACAAGGCCAGGAAGGCGGCCAAGCGGAAGAGGGCUGCCGAGGAGAGCGGGGAGAUGGUCAAGCGGCGCUCAGCCCGAGUGCGCAACACCAAGAGCAAGAAGGAGGAGAAGGUGGACUUCCAGGAGCUCCUCACCAAGUUCCUCCCACCACGGUUGAGGAAGCUGGACUUGGAGGAGGAGGAGGGUCCCUUUGGCGGGAGCUUUGAGGUCCAGUCGGAGGCCAAAGAGGAGGCCCUCCAUCCCUCAGGGGCACUCAGCCAGACCCUCGACUCGGGCCCCGCCAUGGAGUCCGAGGAGCAGGGGGUCCAGCGCUUCCUGCUCUGCAACCGGCACAACGGGGGCCUCCUGGAGCUGAUGCUGCGCUUCCUGAAGGCCGUCACCCGCCGCUUCCUCUCCAAAUGGCCGCCGGGGCUGGCAGAGGUGGUGCUGGGCAUCUUCCGCAGCUGGAGGCCCCACAGCAGCAGCCUCCCCAACCCGCUCCUCAGGGACUGUCCCGACGCACACAUCCGGGAGAUGAUGCUGAUGAGCCUCUCCUGCAUGGAGCUCCAGCUCGAUCAGUGGCUCUUGGCGAAGGGGAAGAGCUCCCUGGUGUCUCCCCGGAGUGGUGGUGGCAGCGGCCAUCUUAAUAAUGGCAAAUUUGGGCCCGACUUCCCCGGGGCCCACUUCCUGGGCGACCUGCUGCAGCUCUCUUUUGCUUCCUCCCAGAGGGACCUGUUCCAGGAGGAAUGGCUGCCUUUUGUGGCCCGCGUCUAUUGGCUGAAGGCCCGCUUCCUGGCCCUCCAGGGCGACACGGAGCAGGCCCUGGAGAACUACGAUGUCUGUGGGGAGACCCUGCGCAGCGGAGGCUCGAGGAGCCAAGCCGGGGGGCAGCCCCUUGUCAUCCACCUCCCCAACCUCCACCUGGACUCGGUCCUCUCCCUGGAAGAGAUUGACAAAAACUUGAAAUCCCUGGAGCGCUGCCAGUCCUUGGAGGAGAUCCAGCGCCUCUAUGAGGCCGGCGACUUCCAGGACGUGGUGGCCCUCCUCCGGCCCACCCUCUCCUUUGCCGGGUUUGGGCGCGAGAAGCACCUCGACUUCGCCAUCUCCGUCCCAGAAAGGCCUGCACAGCUCCUCCUCGUCCAGGACUCGCUCCUGAAGCUGGAGGACUUCCGCCAGUGCCUCUCCUGCUCCGAAGUGGCCCUGAAUGAGGCCUUCCAGCAGAUGGUCAACGUGACAGAGGCCUCGGCCAGAGAGGAGUGGGUGGCCACCGUGACCCAGCUGCUGCGCGGCAUCGACCGGGCCUUGUCGGCCGACCCCGGCAUCCUGGACGACCCCAGCACCCUCCCCGCCCGGAUCCGGCUGGCCAGCAACCUCAUCCAGAUUAUCGACUGCAGCAUGGCAGCGGUGGGCGAGGAGGGCAAGGAGCCCUUUGUGUCUUCUGUUGUUCCUUGGAUCACCCUCCACCGGAUUGUGAGGCACGAGGAGCAGGUUGCCACCGGGUCUCCCGUCCGCCCAGCAACCGAGGAACAGCAACCACAGCCACAGCCCUGCGAGGAAGGGGCCCCAUCUCCGGAGUCCCCCCUUUUGCCCUCGUCCCUGAUGCUCCUCAAUACGGCCCAUGAAUACCUCGGACGGCGCUCUUGGUGCUGCAACUCGGAUGGUGCCCUCCUCAAAUUUUACGUGCGAGUCCUUCAGAAAGAGCUGCUAGCCUCCACUUCGGAGGACACUCAUCCCUACAAGGAGGAGCUGGAGACAGCCCUGGAGCAGUGCUUCUACUGUCUCUACGGCUUUCCCAGCAAAAAAAGCAAGGCCCGCUACCUGGAGGAACACUCCACCCAACAGGUGGACCUGGCGUGGGAGGACGCCCUCUUCCUGUUUGAUUACUUCAAGCCAAAGACCCUCCCGGAGUUUGACAGCUACAAGACCAGCACCGUCUCGGCUGACUUGGCCAACCUCCUCAAGAAGAUUGCCGCCAUCGUCCCCCAAACGGAGAGGCCCACCUUGAAAAUGGAGGAGGUCUCGGGCUACAUCGAGGGCACCCUCAGCAAGGCCCCGGCUCUCCCCGAAGGGGCGGACGACUCCCCGCCGGUGGUGACGGAGCUGUAUUACCUCCUGGCGGAUUACCAUUUCAAGAACAAGGAGCAGGCCAAGGCCAUCAAGUUCUACAUGCACGACAUCUGCAUCUGCCCCAACAGGUUUGACUCGUGGGCAGGGAUGGCUCUGGCGAGGGCCAGCCGCAUCCAAGACAAGCUCAACUCCAACGAGCUGAAGAGCGACGGUCCCAUCUGGAAGCACUCGGCUCCUGUCCUGAACUCCUUCCGGAGGGCCCUCGAGAUCGACGCCUCCAACCUCUCCCUCUGGAUCGAGUUUGGGGCCACCUCCUAUGCCCUCCACUCCUUCGCCUCCCGGCAGAUCAAGCAGCGCAAGGCCCAGAUGGCCCCCGAGACCCUCACACAGAUGGAGGAGCGUCGGGAGGGGAUGCUGGCGACGGCCAAGCGGUGCUUCUCCUCGGCCUCGCACUGCGAAGGGGACGGGGACGAGGAGGAGUGGCUGAUCCACUACAUGCUGGGCAAGAUUGCCGAGAAGCAGAAGGAGCCGCCCCUGGUCUACCUCCGCCAUUACAAGCAAGCCGCCCACUUCCUGCACGAGGAGGCCGCCCGGUACCCCAAGAAGAUCCACUACCACAACCCUCCGGAGCUGGCCAUGGAGGCCCUGGAGGUCUACUUCCGCCUCCAUGCCUCCAUCUUGAAACUGGUGGGGAGCCCCGACUGGGGCGUCGACGCGGAGCUGCUGGUCACCUUCAUGAAGGAGGCAGCCGAGGGACCCUUCGCCCGGGGAGAGGAGAAGAACGCUCCCAAAAUGGCCGAAAAGGAGAAGCUGCUUCUGGCGGACGACGACUCGGGCUCCUCCUCUUCCGGGACGGUGGCUCCGGGGCCAGGGACCUCCUCUUCCUCUUCCUCCUCCGGCCCAGGUCUGACUUCCCCUCCUUACACCGCCACCCCGGUUGACCACGAUUACGUCAAAUGUAAAAAAAGCCGCCCGCAGGCCGCUACGGAUGAACGGAGCCAGGACAGCAACGGGGCGGUUGUUCUCUCGGAUUCGAACUCGACGCAAGACGUCUUUGCGGGACCUGCCGCCGCCUCCUCGGAGGGACCCAGCGCCACCCCCCUGGCCGAGGAGGAAAGGGGGAAGCCCGAGGGUCCCCCGUCGGAGCCCCCAGCCCAGAAGCCUCCCCCUGCCCCUGCCCUGCCGCUCCUCCCUGCAGACCCGGUGGGCCGGGUGUGGGCCCUGUGCGUGGGGGCCCUGCGCCUCUGCCUCUCCCGCUUCCCCCAGCACUACAAGAGCCUCUACCGCCUGGCCGCCCUCUACGCCUAUGGCCCCGCCCACAAGAACCUCCUCUGGGCCCGGGACGUGCUCCUGGGCACCCCCCUGCCGUGGACCCAGCUGCCCCACAUGCCGGCCCAGGGCCUCUUCUGCGAGCGGAACAAGACCAACUUCUUCAACGGCAUCUGGCGCAUCCCGGUGGAUGAGAUUGACCGCCCGGGGAGCUUUUCGUGGCACAUGAACCGCUCCAUCGUCCUCCUCCUGGAGGUCCUUUCGCAACUGAAGGACCACGGAACCCUCCUCAAGGUCUGCUCCAUGCUACAGAGGACCCCCGACCAGGGAAAGAAGUACCUCCGGGAUGCCGACCGGCAAGUCCUGGCCCAGCACGCCUUUGCCCUCACCGUCCUGGCCCUCGAGGAGAUGCUGAACGACAUCACAGAGGACUCCGACGACCCUUGCGGGGGGGACAAGAAGGUCGCUGAGCCCUCGGCCGAAGAAGAACAUAGGAUGACCGUCGAGAUGGCCCCGCCCCCUUCCAAAAUGGCCACCGAGGCGAUGGACAUGGAGGUCCGGACCCCGGAGCUUUCUCUUGAGGAGCUGAGCAUCAGCUCUCGACUUCCUGUUCCAACAAUGGCCCCGAGGGCGACCCGGAAGCGGAAGCUGACGCAGGACCCGGAGUCCGGGAAGAGGCUGCUCCUGGACGCCUACCGGGUCUGGCAGCAGGGACAGAAGGUCGUGACCUAUGACCUGGGCAGGAUUGAGAAGAUCAUGUCCGAGACCUACAUGCUGAUCAAGCAGGUGGAUGAGGAGGCUGCUCUGGAGCAAGCGGUGAAGUUCUGCCAGGUCCAUGUUGGAGCCGCCGCCCAGAAACAGAAUAUGGGGGAGACCCCUUCCGCCCCGAAGCCCCCCAAGGAGGGCACCCUCCCCCUGAUGUCGACCCCUUUGAUGACCUCCGACCCCCGGGCCCCCAAGGAGAGCAAGAUGGCCACCCCGACCCCAGCCAUGACCCCGACCCCUUUGUUGCUCCUGCUGCCGACCCCCACCCCCCGGACGCCUGAGGCGGCUGCUUCGUCCAGCACCAAGCCCUCCAUUGGCGACCAAAGAGAGGAGGAAGAAGAGGAGGAAGAGGAAGGGGAGCUGGACCCACCCUCCAAGAUGGCUGCCGCCACGAUGGGGGUCGCGGCCCCAGAGGUUGACCCCGGGAAGGUUGAGGGGGUCCCGCGGCCAAAGCCCCGCCCCCCUCCCGGGGUCCCCAGGCUCUUCAUCCCCUCCUUGAGCUCCUCGUCGCUGACACCAAUGACCCCCAAGUUCCCCCCGGAGAUCACCGUGACCCCGCCGACCCCCACCCUCCUCUCCCCGAAGGGCAGCGUCUCCGAGGAAACCAAGCAGAAGCUCAAGUCGGCCAUCUUGUCCUCCCAGUCGGCCGCCAACGUCAAGAAGGAGGCCCUCCGCCAACCGGCCCUGGAGAUCCUGGAGACGUCCAGCCAGGAGUCCUCUCUGGAGAGCGAAGAUGAGGAUGAUGACGAAGAGGAGGAGGAAGACUAUAUGGACGCCUGAGGAGCGAGUGCCUUCUGCCAUCUUGGAUUCCAGCCAAAACAGGGAUCGACAAAACAUCCCGACCUUUUUCCAUCCGUUUGAUCCAAUUUGUUCCCAUUUCUCUAUUUUUUCAGCCAUUUUUAAAAUAAAUCAGUUUUCUUAUUAUUUUGAAUUUUUUUUUGGGGCGGGGGAUACAUUUUAUUAUUUUCUUGGGUUUUUUUUUUUUUUGGUUUUUUUUGUAGGUCCUUCCUCGUAAUUUCAGAAAUUUUGGUCAGCCAUCUUUUUCAGUCUAAGGAUUUGACCAAACGGCAUUAUUCUGGUGACAUUUUGGGAUAAUUCCGGAUUACAAAUUCCAAUAACAUUUUGGAUUUCGGCGAAAUUUAUCCAGACAAUUGAUUGAAGAACUGGAUUAUAAUUUCCAAUAAUAUUUUGAAUGAGGAUUCGACAAACAACAUUGCUCUGGUAACAUUUUGGAAUUCCUUAUGAUUUUUUGGAAUUUUGGCAAGAUGCAUCCAGACACAUAUUUGAGAAAUAUUACAAUUUCUGAGAAUAUUUUGAAUUUCCAUGGGAUUUAUUCAGAUGAGGAUUUUGCCGAAUGGGAUUAUCAUUUCCAGGAAUAUUUUGAAUUUUGGGAAAAUUUAUCCAGAGGUGAUAUAUAUUUGAAGGAUUAUAAAUUCCAGGAAUAUUUUGAAUUUCAAUGAAACAUACCCAGAUUGUUAUAAUUUCCAGGAAUAUUUUGAUUUUUUGUGAAAUACCUCCAGAUGAAUAUUUUUUGGAAGGGGAUGAUAAUUUUUAGUAAUCUUUUGAGAGAUAGAUUCAGACAAACAUUUGAGGGAUUGCAGAUUUUCAUAAAUUUUGAAUUGUUGUGAUAUAUAAAUGAAUAUGUGUAUAAAUAUAUGUGUGUGUACAUUUUAUAUACACACACACAUAUAUAUAUCACCAAAAAUUAAAAAUAUUACCAAUAUUUAUAUAUAUUGAAAGUUAUUAUGGAUUCCCAGUAAUAUUUUGAUAAACAUUUGAAGGAUUAUAACUUCUGGUAAUAGUUUUAAUUUUCAUGAACUAUUUCCAGACAAAAUAUUCAGAUAAAUAUUCGAAGAACGGGAUUGCGGAUUUUCAUAAUAUUUUGGUUAAAUAAUAUAUAUAUCUGGGGGGAUAUUAUGAAUUUCCAGUAAUAUUUCAGACAUAUAUAUGAGAAAUGCCAUUACGGUAAAUGAAUUUUGGGAUUACUGUAAAUGUUUCCUUUUGGGGGGAAUUAUGUUUCAAUGAGGAGAAGAAAAUAAAGAGUUUACAUUAUAUGUAUAUAUAUAUAUAGUCUAUCACUUCUAUUAGUUUGCUUCAUUUUGGUGAUAUUUGCGAAUGCAUCGGGAAUGGCGUCACGCACCGCGAUAUACCGGGUUUGUUUUUGUUUACUCUUUGCCUGGCUUUGUAAUAUAAAUAAUGAAUUCUCUUUUUCUAAUAAAGUGGGAAAAUUUAAA